AUGAGCAUCUUUCUCAGGCAAGAACCCGAACAUAACUGUUUCGACUACAGAUAUGCCGCAAGUGAUCCAGGCGUUAAAUUUUCUGAUGACAGACUAAGAAUAAUUGGUAGUAAACAGUGGAACACUGCACUUGCCAGGGGUUGUGCUUACCACGGCCAAUGGUACUAUGAAUGUACCAUAGCAGAACCAAGCCCAAACUGGAUGCAAUUCUCUCUAUAUGGGUGGGAUGAUACUUGUAGCACUAUUUCAAGCUUAUUAAAAGCACUUCCAUCGCUUAAAGAUUCUAUAUUUCCAUCAGUACGCGUGGGUUGGGGGACGCGUCUAAUGAAAUUGGAUAGUCCUUUAGGGUACAGUCCGUUUAGUUACUGCAUAUCACAAAUCAAUGGAGAUUUGAUUUAUGCCAAAAAAACACACCCGGGAGGGGAAAAUGCACAUACACUACAAGUUGGCGAUGUUAUUGGUUGUGCAAUUAAUCUUUGUCAGCCAAUAUUCAAUUUGGAAGAUCCACGAGGAAAUCCUGACCUUUGGCCCUUCACUAAAUGCGGGUUGCUUUGUAAUGUAACGAAGGAAUGUACACUCCCCCCUCUUAUAAUAAAUAAAAACUCAUUUGCAUCCUUUUCAGUGAAUGGCAAAUGGCUCAACAACACCAUCAAGCCUAUAUACUGCGCCGAGUAUCAUCCUGCCGUAUCAACAUACAUGGGAUCAUCUGUCACUAUCAAUUUGGGCCCCAAAUUCAAAUACAAUCCGCCAAAUCGCAAAUACAAGGCUGCAUGUUACAUGUGUGAAUCAAAGUACCCCUGCAAAGAGGAUCUAGUCAAGUAUUGGGUCUUUGCUGACACAAAUCUUAUGCAUCCAAAAGUCAAAGAUAAGCUUAAGAAGUUGAACAUUGAAGGUGUAGUAACCUUAGCACAGGCGGAGUUGGGAUUUGACUAG